AUGUCUCCAGACUCGUUUGAUAAGGAUGCUCUAAAUCCCACUGCGGCAGACCUGGAGACUCUUCCCCGUGUCGCCGAUAAAAUCCCUUGGCGGGUCUACACGGUCGCCUUCGUGGAACUGUGCGAACGAUUUUCCUACUACGGCACGCAAAUUCUUUUCCAGAACUUCGUUCAGCGAAGACUGCUCACGCCGACCGGUCGAGCCCCGAAUCCGGGCGGGGAUACAGACAACAACCCCGGGGCACUAGGCCAGGGCCAGCAGAUGGCUACUGGCUUAGGUACUUUCUUUUCCUUUUGGUGUUACGUGACGCCGCUGCUGGGAGCGUGGCUGGCGGACACCUACCUUGGAAGAUAUAAGACGAUCAUGGUGUCGAUCGGCAUUGCCGUUGUCGGCCACGUCCUCCUAACCAUCAGCGCGCUGCCACCUGUCCUAGCACGCACUGAAACCGCUCUCAUUUCGUUCAUUAUAGCCCUUGUCGUCUUCGGUCUCGGGACAGGGGGCUUCAAACCGAACAUCUCCCCUCUGAUCGCCGAGCAAAUUGUGUCAGAGAACCUCCGUGUCUCGAUCGACCCGAAGACUGGAGAGCGUGUAAUUAUCGACCCAGCCCAGACGUCGGCGAGGAUCUACAACUGGUUCUACCUCUUUAUCAACAUUGGUGCCUUGAUCGGCCAGAUUUCCAUGUCUUACGCGGCGUUGUACGUCGGGUACUACCUCGCUUUCCUGCUGCCGACGCUCAUGUUCCUCCUCUGCCCCCUCAUCCUCAUCCUGAAUAAGAAGAGAUACCGCCUCACUCCUCCGCAAGGCUCGGUACUGGGUCCUACAGUCAAGACGCUCCUCUACGCCGUCCGGCCCCAUUGGUCGUGGAACCCUCUUCGCACGAUUCGCAAUGUCCGCCGGACUCCCACGUUCUGGACCGCCGUGCAACCAUCCCGCGUGCCUUCCCACAAGCGCCCAUCAUGGAUGACAUUCGACGACGCCUGGGUCUCGGAACUCCGCAGGGGCGUAAAAGCCUGUUCCGUCCUCCUCUGGUUCCCGCUGUACUGGCUCACUUACAACCAGAUGAACAACAACCUGACCUCCCAAGCGGACACGAUGAGGCACGCCGGGGUUCCGCCCGAGAUUGUCUCGAACCUCGAUCCUCUGACGUUGAUCAUCCUCAUCCCGAUCUGCGACCUGGUCAUCUACCCGAGCCUGCGCAAACGUGGCGUGAAGUUGACCCCGAUCAGGAAAAUCACCUUGGGAUUCUGGUUUGGCGGCGCGGCCAUGGUGUACGCGGCUCUCCUGCAGAGGUACAUUUACACGCACAACGAGUGUGGCUAUUAUCCUUCCGAGGGGCAAAGAGAAGACCCCAGUGAUGGAGGCAGUAACAGUGCGAGCGCCAAUCUCAGAGACUGUCCCCCAGCGUCCAUUUCAAUCGCUUGCCAAGCCCCGAUCUACCUCCUCGUCGCCAUCAGCGAGAUCCUCGCCUCCAUCACCUCGAUCGAGUACGCUUUCACAAAGGCCCCGCGCAACAUGCGCUCCAUGGUCCAAGCCUUUUCGCUCUGCAUGAGCGCCGUGGCCAACGUCAUCGGCGAGGCCUUCCUCUGGCUCGCCCGCGACCCGUACCUGGUCUGGAACUUUGGCGUCAUGGGCGCCGUUGCGUUCGUCGCGGGCAGCCUCUUCUGGUGGUUCAACAGGGACCUGGACGCCGAGGAGGACGCCAUGAACCAGUUGCCCCACGGGAGCAUGGGACGUGGCAGCAAUGGCGCACCAGGAGACCGUCAGCAUCAGCAUCAGCGAAUACCCCACCCCGAAAGCAGCGGCUCCAGUCGCGGCGUGGACGCAAGUUGGAGUGACCUGGGCCGAACGUCCAACGAGUCCCGUGAGAAUCUACUAGACGAUAAAAGGCUUCGUUGA